AGCAAGAUAGAUUCCCUUUCUAGACAUUCGAGAUCUCCCGAAAGACGCUUGAGCAGAAGCCAUUCAUAGUAAUAACACGGUGAACGCCGUCUUCAUGGACGCACAUGCGGGGGCCUCUCCAUCCCACCGGCUGAAUGAUCAGCCUAUACUGUCGCCGACAACGGCAGUAGCAAGUUGUAGACAUUGUACACGAUAUAUCCAUAUAUACGUCGACAUUCAUAGCAUCAAUCAAUCAAUACCCGUCAUCCAGAACCAAUCAUGGCCGCCACCAAGACCUACAACAUCGCCAGCAUCCCUGGAGACGGCAUUGGAACAGAAAUCACAGAAGCAGCCGAACAAGUCCUACACAAACUCGCCAAAACCGUGGGAACAUUCUCCUUCAACUUCACCACUUUCGACUGGUCUUCCAAAGCCUAUCUGGAAAGAGGAUGGUAUAUGCCCGAAGAUGGAAUGCAGCAACUCGCCAAGCACGACGCGAUAUACUUUGGUGCGGUAGGAUGGCCAAGUGUCCCUGAUCAUGUCAGUCUUUGGGGGUUGAUCCUUCCCAUCAGGAAAUACAAUAAUCAAUAUGUGAAUGUCAGGCCGGCGAGAAUUUUGCCAGGGACGACGGCUCCCUUGGCACAGUUGCAGAAGAAGCCUAGUGAUCUGGACUGGGUCAUUAUUAGAGAGAACAGUGAGGGAGAAUAUGCUGGGCAGGGUGGCACUACGCAUGAGAAUAGUCCGCAUACGAUUGCUACUGAGGUUGCCAUAUUUACUAGAGUUGGGAUCGAAAGGAUCAUGCGAUUUGCUUUUGAGACUGCGAAGUCAAGACCAAGGAAGAAGUUGACGAUGGUCACCAAGAGUAAUGCUCAAAGGCACGGAAUGGUGCUUUGGGACAAGAUCUUCAUGGAGGUUGCCAAGGAGUAUGAGGGUGUCGUUGAAUGGGAUAAGAUGUUGGUUGAUGCGAUGACUGUGAGGAUGGUGAACAAGCCUGAGAGCAUGGACACAAUUGUUGCCACCAAUCUGCAUGCGGACAUCCUCUCAGAUCUUGCAGCAGCACUUGCAGGCUCGAUCGGCAUCGCUCCAUCAUCUAACCUUGAUCCAACUCGACAAUAUCCUUCCAUGUUCGAGCCAAUUCAUGGUUCGGCGCCUGACAUCGCAGGGCAGGGUAUCGCAAAUCCUGUAGGCGCAUUCUGGUCCGCUGCUGAAAUGGUGCGAUGGGUUGGCGCGGGAUCCCUCGAUGAUGUGGCAGACAAGAUGAUGACUGCUAUCGAGAAUGUGACCAGUAAUCCUGAGACCCGGACGAAAGACAUGGGCGGCUCUGCCAAUACGAAGCAGGUCACAGAAGCAGUGAUCAAGCAGAUCGACGUGGUGUUCGGGAAGCAGUAGGGUUGGCCAGAUCCGCACUGCCAUCAUAGAAAACAACUCGUAAAAAUCCAUCCCAAGCAUUCAAUGUGGCUCCCACCAGGUACCGGUAUCACUCUUCCUCCACGCUCCCAAAUCUUCACCAGGUAUCACUUUAGUGCGAAUCUUGUAGCCCUCCCAAGGCUUGCUUCCAAACUGACCAAAAGGCUUGAAGAUACCAAUAGCCUUGCCCAAAACCGAAGACUUGCUGAUCGGUCCAUAAGCAUUACUGUCAUGCGUACUCCUCCAAUUAUCACCUUCAACCCAAACGUGCCCUUCCGGAAUCUCCUUUUUGCCAUGCCCAGCCUCAUGCAUAAUAUCCCAGCUCUUACAGUAAGGAUUCCGUCUACCAUUAGCCACCUCUUCAGGCCUUCUCUUCGGGUCGAGCACGACAGUAUCCCCUCCCAAAGCGACGACUCUUUUAAUACUGAGAUUUUCGGGAUUCUGUAGCGAGUGGAACAGGACUAUGUCGCCUCUUUGAAGGUUCUUGGUCGCAUUCCAUUUUUUCCAGAUCACGUAGUCGCGCGAACCGUCUUUUGAGUAGUCUGGUGAUAAGGUUGGGUGCAUCGAGUCGCCAUUGACGGACGCGACUUCCACGACUGAAUCGUUGAUGAAGAUUGUGGUGCACACGGCCAUUUGGAAGGGUAGCACGGUGUAUUUGAAGAAUCUACCUAUGGUUCCGAUGCCAUAGCUGGACAUUGGACUGUGUGUUGCACCGAGCUGUAGUCGA